AUGAUGACGGCGGCGGAGCUGGCGGCGUCCGGCUGGGCGGACAACGGGUCCCUGGGCUGGCCGCUGCAGGUCGUGCCGCGCGAUGUGCGCGACGACUUGAAUGUCCUCGCGAGCAUGGAGAAGCAGCCACGCGCUGGCGGAUUGAUCGACAUGCUAUCCGGCCCCGUCACCCCCUCCGCCACGCCCUCCCGCCGCUUCCAGGCGCAGCAGGAGCGCGAGUGGAACGAGCGCCAGCAGCGGCGGGAGCAGGAGCAGGCGGAGGCGGGAGGGUUGCCGUUUGAGAGUAUAGUUGCGGGCGCCAGAGACAGGCGCGCGCGGCAGCACGCGCGCAGCAGCAGCAGCAGCAGCGUUCUCUGCGGCGCGAACGGCGCCGGGUUGACCGGCGUGGGAGGCGCAAACGUGGCGGAUUCGGGCGAGAUUUCCGAGAUCUCCAGGGGUUUCGGCCAGGACCAGCCGACGCAGCAGGGACAGGGAAAAUCAGCGGCGGCGCUGGCGAGCCCGCACGAGGCGGCGUGGAGUCCGCAGGUCGCGGACGCGAGCCCGUGGGGCGGGCGCGGCGCGACGCCCUCUGCGCCAUCGGCCGCGGUGGAUCACUUGCCCUCGUUAGAAGCACUCUCGCGCUCGCCCCGGCGCGGUCGCGAGGGUUAUAACAACGGAGGCGAUGAGAACUAUAGCGAGGACGAGGGGCGGUACUACAAGGUUCCGGAUAUCACGGAGUACAGGAAUCGGCGACGGCAGAGCGCGGGGAGUGCGGCGUCACCGGCGGGUAAGGUCACUCACGAGUAUUUCCGCGGCGGCGGAGUUGACGUCUCGUUUGCGGACUUUCUUGCUGCGCGCGUCAGUGCCGCUGCAGCUGCUGGUGCUGGUGGCGGCGCGAGUGCUGCUGUUGCCGGUGGCGAUGGUAGUGGUGGUGCUGGUGCCAAUACCGCAGCAGUUACUAGCGCGAACGAGGCUGAUGCGGGCGGGGAUGCACCUGGUAGUGGCGCGGCGGCGGGAAAUUGGGACACUGACGCUGACGUGGCAACUGGGGCGCCGGAACGUGAGGCGGUUCCAGCGGGAGGGGAAGCGGGAAAUGCGGGGGAGAGGGGUCACGAGAAUGAUGACUACUAUGAUUCAGAUGCGGCUGGGGAUGGCGGUGCGCCGUCAGUUGCGGCUGGAGCUGCGGCGGCGGUUGCGGUGGGCGCAGCAGCGACGGCGGGUGGGAUGGCGGCCGGGGAGACGGCGGGCGCGCAUGACGGGGACGCGCAGGAAAGUACGCGGAAGCGCGGGGGAGGGCUUGGCGGAAGCUCGCGGAAGCACCGGGCGCGAUGGGGAGUGGCGGGAUGGAGGGAUGAAGACGCGGAGGAUGGCGGGGGACAGGCGGACGAGCGCAGGGCGGAAGAGGGCAAGGCGGAGUCGAGGCGGAGUCUGCGCGCCCAGUGGAGCGCGCGGAGGUCAUGGCGCGGGGAGGGGGGAGCGCAUGGCGGACACGAACGGGGGAAGAGGGCGGCAGGGGGAAGCACGCAGGAGGAACGGGCGGGCUUGGAGGGUUCCGCCACAGGGGGAGAUCAGGAUAUGGCGGGGGAGGAGGCGGAGGGGCGGUGGGGACAGGUCAACGAAGGGCAGGAGAAGAAUGACUGGGGGACUGCGGAGGCUGGGGCCCAAGGGGAAUGGUCAGGGGGCGCGGAAGGGUAUGGGACUGGGGAUGAGGGCGAAGAGGGGGUUAGGGGAAGCGGAGGGAAGAAGGAAGGGUGGGCGGAGGGGAGGGCUUAUGGGGACGAAGAGGGAAGGGCACAUGGAGAGUGGGGAGAAGAUGGCAAGGGUGAGGGGUAUGGGGAUGAUGAUGAUGAUGGGGAUGAUGAUGGGGAUGGUGAUGGGGAAGAUGGAGGAGAUGGCAUGGCGGAGUGUGGGCAGGAUCUGGAGCGGUAUGGGCAUGGCAUGGCGCGAUGGCAGCAGCAUCAGGAGGCGGAGGAGCAUGAGGAGGCGGAAGCAAGUCCAAGCCGGGUGGUGUCAGGGAAGAGGAAGAGAGAGCAGGGAGAGGCGGAGGGGGAGGGGGAAGGCGAGAGCGAGCGGGGAAAGGGGGGAAAGGGGGGGCCCAGAGAGGAGGGUGUGAGGGACGGGGGUGAGGAAACAGGGCACGGGUACGCGUAUGGCGUAGGGCGGGGGGAGUAUGGUGGAACGGGGGAGUAUGGAGCGAGGGAGCUGUAUGGGGCGAGGGGGCAGUAUGGAGCGAACGGGCAGUAUGGAGCGAACGGGCAGUAUGGAGCGAACGGGCAGUAUGGGGCGAGUGGGGAGGAUGAUAUGGUAACGAUGGGCAUGUCAGCGGAAUGGGAUGGCGGCAUGGCUGCUGCUGCCGCUCUUAUGGCCUCUGGAGGGGCAGCGCGGGACGGCACUGCAUCAGUCUACACGGCCUCUGCCGCCAGUGCUGCUGCAUCCCCGCUACAAGCCUCUCCAUUACAAGCCUCCUCUCCCUCUCCAAGCAGCACUGCUGCAUUUUCUGACCUGUCCUCAACAAUGCCACCGGUGUUCCUCCCUCCUCCUGCUAUUCAGCAACCCACUCCACCACUCCCCACCGCCUCCCACCAGAUCGAAGACUGUGACUGCGAGGAGGACCCACUCCCCCUCGCCUCCCUCCUCCGCGCCCACCACCCGCACCUGCUCCCGCCUGCUGCUGCUGCGCCCUCCGCUGCUGCUCCCCCCCGCCCUCUCAUGCACGGGCUCUGGCGCAGAAAUCAUUCUGCCCUCACCACUGCUGCCCUUUCUGCCGCAGCUGCCGCUGCUGCUGCCGCCUCUGCUGCUGCUGAUGCGUUGUUGCCUGUCCCUCGCUCCGUACUCAGCCGCACCAUCCGGCCUGUCUUUGCCUCUACCCCUGCUCCUGCUCCUGGUUCUGCUGCCACCCACCCGUCUCCUCAUGCUGCUGAUGCUGACCCAGCUGUUGCUUCAGGUGCUUCAGGUGCGACACCAGAUGCAGGUGCUGGCAGCGAGGGUACGGAAUUAUUCGCCACCGUGGGCUUUGUUGCAGCUGCCAACACUCCACUGCCACCAAUGAAAACAACAGCUGCUGACACGGCUGCCUCAGAGGGCACUGAAAGGCUCACCGCUUUAGACGAUUUCAGAGACUCGUUUCACAAGCAAACCGCUGUAGAGUCGACUCAAGAACUCUCAAGAGCUCAAGAGCACACCCCUGAGGCAUCUACAGGGGAGCAUUUUGAGAACUCUCAAAAUACCCCUGCUGCAGCAUCUGUGGAAGCGGAUACAAGCACAGACGCUGCCACUCCACCUGCUUUCGCUACAGUCACACCACCGCAGCCCAGCGUAGCUUCGAUGCUCCCGAUCCUGGUCGCCUACGCCUCCCGACCCGGAGCCUUGGGCCGAGCCUCCAUGCUCUACCGCAUGCGCAGCACAGGCGUCGCUGCCAUGCACGCUUCUUCGGCCAAUCACGACGCGACAGCUGGCGAGGGGAUGGAGGCGGGGGCGGUGGCACAGGCGCUGGAACGAUUGGGGGAGUAUGGGGAAGGUGUGGGAGGGGGGAUGGGCGGAGGGGGAGGGGGAAGGGGCUUGGGAGAAGCGGGGGCGGGGGAUGAUGAGAUGUGGGAGUAUAGCGAGGAAGAUGCGAAUGCAGCAGCAGCAGAGGCGUUAUCAGUGUUUGGGUUUCCGUUUUCUCUUGAGGGUUUCGCUCUGGGUGGUGCUGGGGAGGAGGAAACGGUGGAGGGGGAGGCAACGGCUGUAGCAGGAGGAGGAGGAAGGGAUGCUGUUGGCUUGCCCGUGCUACAGCCGGGGGAGGUAUAUUCCAUUGGAGGUGUAUUUGAUGUGGAGGGGAGCCAGGGGGAGGCUGCAACUGAUGACGGUUCUGCUGGCUCUGCGCGUGUGGCUAGUGCUGCUGCUAGUGCUGCUAGUGCUGCCGGUGCUGCUGGUGCUGCCGGUGGUGAUGGUGAUGCUACUACUCCAGGCGAAUUUGGUGACAGUGCGAGUGUGACUGUAACCGGGGCUCAGUUCUCCUUCCACGCGGGCAGCGACGGCGUGGCAGUGGACCCUGCUGACGAGGACGGCGAGCUGGAUGAGGUGGCAGUGGAGGCGAGUCUACGUCAGCUUGAGCUGGCACUGGAGCAGGGACUGCUGCCGGAUGAGGUGGAGGCGUUGAGGAGAGAGCUGGAAGCGCUGGUGGAGAGAGGGACGCGGCGGGCGAGGAGAGGCGCGCAUGGGCAGGAGGGUGGGGAGGCGGAAAGGAGGGCUGUGGUUGGGGCGGGAGAAGGGGAGGGUGUAGGGGCGGGGGGUGUGAUGAGGGGAGAGGUGGAGAGGGAAAUGGGGGUGGGGAAAGACGGUGGAGACGAGAUGGGAGAGGGUGGCGAGGGGGAUGGGGUUGAGGUGGAGAGGGAGGGGAGUGGAGGUGAGAGGGAGGAGGAAGGGGGGAGUGAGGAUGGGGGGGGGGGAUUUGGAAUGGAGAUGGAGAGGGAUGUGACUCCGUACCAUGAAAUGGAAGGGGACAGAGAGGGCAGAGCGGGCAGGGAUGUGGGCAUGGAGGGAGGAGAGGGCAGGGAGCGGCGGGAUGUGGAGAGGGAGGGAGAAGGGGAGAUGGAGAGGGAUGUGACUGCGUACCAUGAAAUGGAGGGGGGCAGGGAGGGCAAGGAGGGAGAGAGGGAAGCAGAGAGGGAGAGAGAAGAGGAGGUGGAGGAGGGAGAAGGGGAGACGGAGGGGGAGGGAGAAGGGGAGACGGAGAGGGAGGGAGAAGGGGAGACAGAGAGGGAGGAGGUGAGAGUAGGCAGUGAGUAUGGUGGAUAUGGUGGGCAUGACAGGGAAGGCGUGGAAGGGGAGCAGAGUGUGAAGGGAACGGCUGGUGAGAUGGAUGAGGGGGUUGAGAUGGGUGGGGAGGGUGAGGAGGUGGGUGAGGAGGCUGAGGUGGGGGGUGGUGAGCAGGCUCAGGAGGCUGGAGGUGAGGAGGUGGGGUGCGGUGAGGAGGAGUGCAAGGAUGCUGAAGGUGAGAAGGCGGGAAAAGAGACGACAACCCACAAGCCUUGCUUGCCUGCCCAGCCCACUCCUGCACAAACCAAGCCGCCUCUCCCACCGUCCCUCUCUGCACACGUGGAUGCACUCUCUGCUGACCUGGACGCUGAGUCAGCAGCGGCAGUAGCGGCGGCUGCAGCAGCAGUGUCAGCAGAGGUAGAGGAGAUGGGCGGCGGCUGUAGCACCAGCUGUAGCACAGCCAGCAGCCCCAGCAGGCUAGGUCUGGGUCUCAUGGGCGGCAUGAGUAUGAGCAGCACGGGCAGUGGCGGGGGGGUGCUUGGGGGGGGAGGGAUGGGAAGCAGUCCUUUGAGUGUUACCGGUGGUGGGAUGAGCCCUGGUAGCGUUGCUGGUGGUGGUGCCGGGGACAGGAGUGGCAGUGGUGGUGGGGGAGUAAAGGAGAGAGUGGUUGCAGGGGUACCCGGGUCACAGACACAUGCACAGGGGCACAGCGGCAGUGCAGGAGGAGGCGGAGGGGGAGGCGGAGGGGGAGCAGGGGGGGAGAAGGCGCUGUACACGGUGGGGCACUGGCUGCGCCAGGUGGACAUGGCGGAGGCGGAGGGGCGGCUGCACGUGGCAGUGCGCCUCUUUGAGCUGGCCGAGCGCUGCCACGCCCAGCCCGCCACUCUGCUGCGCGUCGCCCGCUCCCAGUUCAUGCGCCGACAUCGUCACUCCCUCUCCCUCCCCGCUGGUAAUGCUGCUGCUUCUGCCGGCAGUGCUGGUGGUGCUGCUGCUGGUGGUGCUGGUGGUGGUGGUGGUGUUGGGAGCAGUGCGUUUGGUGGUGUUGGUGGUGGGGUAUCACCACUGCUCUCUCCGGCAGCUUCACCUCUUCGCACCGCCUUUGACCGCCCAUCCUCCUCCCCUCCUCGCUCCCCGCUCCCUCUCCCAUCCGCUAACCCCUCGUUCUCCCCUCUCUCCUCCCCUCCUCGCUCCCCUUCCUCCACUCCUCCGCCCCCUUCUCUCUCCACUCCCCCUCCGCCCGCAACCCCAUCCUUCUCCCCCUUCCCCACGCCCCCGCCCCCCUCCCUCUCCGCGUUCCACUGGCGGCAGCAGCCCACAGCAGGGGGCAGCGAGCGGGGCACAGCAGGGGCAGGCGGGCAGGCAGGCGGAAACGCCUCUAGCCUUGCCUCCUCUCCCCCGCACUCGCCCCUCGCUGCCACUUCCCCCGGCUCCUCCCCCCGCUCGUCCUUCUCUCUCUCCCCUGCUGACGCCCUACCUGCGCUACCAGAGUCGUUUGGGUUGCGUAGGGGGGCUGUGAGCAGGCGAUUGGUGUUUGAGAGUGGGGGGAAAGGUAGGCGUGCGGAGGAAGGGGAGGAAGGUGCGUCUGCAGCUUCGAGUGUUGUAGGGAAUCAGUUGGGGUGUGAGGGUGCAGGGGAAGGGAGGCGAGCAGGGGAGAGAGGAGAGGAGGAGCAGAGGGAAGUGGACGUAGCCGCUUUUGCAGCUGCUGCUGCUGCGGGGGGUGAUAGCAGUGGCGGUGAUAGUUGUGAUGGUGAUGGUGGUGAUGAUGGGAGGAGAGAGGAGGGAGAGGGUUUAAGUAUGCAGGGCGAUGGGGUGAAGGGAGAGGAGACGAGGGAGCAUGGAGAGGAAUGGAGGCGGGAGGAGGUGCAAGCGAGGGAGGAUGGAGGAGUGGAGAAGGGUGAGGGGAGUGUUGGGAGCGGUGCAGAGAGCGCCGGUGUGGAGAUGGCUCAGACGAGGGGAGGAGAAAGGAGGAGGGAGGGGUGGGAGGAGCAGGGGAGGGGCUGGGAGCGUGCGGACCGGGUACAGGCAUGGGCACAUGAGAACCUCCCUGGCCCCGCACCGGAAGAAAACAGGAGCGGCAAGUCCCGAACCGGAGGCAACGGCUCGUUUUCAGGCUCGGGCGCAGGCUUGGAGUUUCCAGAGGGCAGUGGUGGGAACAGUGGCGGGAGGAGACACGGAACGUUGGGCGAUCAGGCAAAGUGGGGAGAGAGCGAGGCUCGGGGCAAUGAGGCUGCUGCUGCUGCUGCUGCUGCUAGCGCUACUGGCGCUGGUGUUGGUUCAAGUGGCUCUGGUGGUAGUGCAGCUGGUGUUGGUGCUGGUGCUUUGGGUGGGGUUGAGGCAAGCAGAGUGCAUGACGAGCCAAAGGGGAGGAACAGAGUGGAGCGAGAGGAAGAGCUGAAGGUACCAACGAAGGGUGGUGAGAGCGAGGAGGAGAGAGAGGAAGCGGGAGAGAGAGCAGUGGAGAAGGAGCAAUACAGAGAGCGAGAGAUAGAAGGAAAGGUGCGGGAAACCGAAGGGGACAGAGAUGAACCCAUACCAAGUCAAGCCACAGCCGCAGCAGCGGCACCAGCAGCAGCAGCAGCAGCAGCCGCAGCAGCGGCAGGGAGAAGGGUGGCGGUGAGAGAAGGGAGUGUGCUGGCGAAGCUGAAGCGCGCCACAGCCCAGCUGAGGCAGCUCAGGGAGAAUUACCUGGGGGAGGGCCAACCUGGGGAGGCUCAACUGAAAGAGGAUCAACAGGGGAAGGCUCAACUGAGGGAGAUUGCAGGUGAGGGUGCUGCUGCAGCAGCAGUGGAAUCAGCACCUGCAGCAGCAGCAGCAGCGCCACCUGCCAUGCCUGCAAGGUCUUCCCUCCAGUCGUCCAUCCCCCUCUCUGCCUCUGCCUCCGCUGCUGCUGCUUCAGCCGCUGCUCGCCUUGCCGCUCGCACCAGCAGCGCCAGUGGCAGCAACGCCAACCCUCUGGAGGCAAGGAGUCUGGCUUCAGCAGCAGGGACAGGUGGAACACUCCCUUCAGCCGGAAUAAAGCCCUUGACACCUGCCGCUGCUGCUUCCCAGGGAGGAGGCACCUCCCUGCCAGGCGCUACUGCAGCUCCUCUUGGUGGUGCAGCAACUCUCGCACGGAUCUCCAUCCCAGGCCUCACUGGGUCAACACCAGGCCUCACAGGGUCAACACCAGGCCUCACUGGCCCAGCACCAGGCCAAGGCUUGUUCGGGUUAGGCCCUGUUUCAAUGCCAAUCUCAAUGCCGGUCUCAGGACCGCAUUCAGGGCUGGUUUCAGGGCCGGUUUCGCCAGGAGCGAACGCCCCUGCGUCUCCCUUUGCCCGCGCGUCCUCCUCCUUCUCCCUUGGCCGCAUCCCCUCCUCCGAGUCCCUUCGUACUGAUCCUACCUUUUCUGUUAACGUUCGGAGGUCCGGCUCGGCCCGAACCUCGGCCUCGGCUGCGGAGACCGAGCCUAGCGAAGGGAUGGUGGAAGGAGGGAUGGAUGGGGGGAUGGAGGGAGGGAUGGGAGGGGAGGUUGCAGGGGAUGGUGGGGAUGGGGGAGAGGCGGAUGCUGAGAGCAGGGAGAGGGCAGUUGGAGGAGGAAGGGAGAGCAGGGCGGAAGAGGAGGAAGGGAGGGGAGUGAGGGAAGCUGGGUCCAGCCCGGAUGUGUUGACAGAUGGCAGUGUGGAGGGCGGGGAAGAAGAAGGGGACAGGAGGUUGCGAGCGGAAAGAAACCAGCCUCUUUCAUCUGCUGCUGUUGCUGUUGCUGUUGCUGUUGCUGUUGCUGUUGCUGUUGCUGAUCAUCAUGCUGAUGUUGGUCCUCCAGAAGCUGACGAUGCUGAUGAUGCGGAUAAUAAUGCUAAUACCAGUCUGGGUGAGGCUGUUGGAGCUCCAGACCCCAACCUCUCGUCAACUUCUGCAGCUGCUGCUGCAGCUGCUCCUCCUCCUCCUCCUCCUCCUCCUCCUCCUCCUCCUCCUCCUCCUCCUCCUCCUCUUCCUCCUCUUGCAUCCUCCCCCAUUUCAUCACCACACCACACCCUCGCCUCCCUCGCCUCCUCCCCAGCGUUCAUCCCUCCUCUCUCCCUUGACGCCACUCCUGCCAGCAGUGUACUCCCCGACCCUGUUGCGUCUCUUCCUGCCAGACCUACUGCGGUCCCUGCUGGCAAAACGACUCCUGCUUUCCCUGCCGCAGCUCAUGUAGCUGUUGGUGCGAGUGGUGUGGGUGGUGGUUGUGCUGCGAGUGCCGCUGGCAUUGGUGCAGGCAAGUCCCGCUCGCCCCCUCUCUCUUCCACCUCCGCUCGCUCCUCUGCCCUCUCGCCCACCUCUCGUGCCUCAAGAGCAGCGGCAGCUCAAGGCAGCCAGAGGGAGAGCACAGAUGCUCAUGCACCUGCACUAGCAGCACGAGUCACGCCAGUCGUAGCAACUGCAGACGCAGCAGCAGCACAACCAGCAAGAGCACCAGUCACGCCACAGACACCAGCAGCCAUGACUGCUGCUGCUCCAGCAGGACCAGCAGCCACGGCAGCAAGACAGUCCCCCCACACUCUUCUGGGAUCAGCCGCAAAAUCAACUACGGCAGUAGGUGGAAGGGCAGCUACGGCUGCUGCGCCUGCCCUGGCUGCUGCAAGUGGAAGGGCAGUGAGCGCAGCAAAGCAGGCCCCUCGAUCGCCUCCCUUUGGCUCCUCCUCGCCCCGCUCCACCUCCCCCAAUCCCUCCUCCACCGCUCCGCACUCCUGCUCCCCUGUCAAGACACGGACCUCCCUCUCCCACGCCCCCCAUUCCCCUCCCACUCGCCCCCGAUCUCCUACUGCCUCCCGCUCUCCUCCCCUUGCUCCUCGCUCUCCUCCGCUCUCUGCUCGCUCUCCUCCGCUCUCUGCUCGCUCCCCUCCCCGCUCUGCUCGCUCUCCCCCCCUCUCUGCCCGCUCUCCUCCCCUCUCUAAUCGCUCUCCUCAUCGUCAGCAACAGCAGAAGCACCAGCAGCAGCAGCAGCAGCAGCAGCAGCAGCAGCAGCAGCAGCAGCAGCAGCAGCAGCAGCAGCAGCAGCAGCAGCAGCAGCAGCAGCAGCAGCAGCAGGGUGGCACCAGGCAUGCUGACAGCAGGGCAGCACCUGGACCAGUCGAGACCAUUCGUGACUCUCCUGCUGAGGCAGGUGCAUCUGGGGCAGGUGCAUCUGAGGCAGGUGCAUGUGAGGCCACGUGUGGGGUCACAUGUGGGAUAGGCACGCAUGCGAUUGGCACAUCUGCGGGAGGUAUAUCUUCGCGGUACAUGGCAUCUGCCCUGGCAGCAGCAGCGCCGCCCACCUCGCCCGCCAUUGCCAUGGCUAUGGGUGGCAGUCCAAGGGCAUAUACCCACUCUAUGCGCGGAUCGGGCGGCAUGGGCGGCAUGGGCGGCAUAGGCAGCCCUUCAGACAGCACCCAGAGCUCUCUGCUGCUCCGAACCAGCGGCAGCUGCGGCAGCGGUGGCUUCGCCCUGCCUGCUGCUGUUGCUGGCAGUGCUAGUGGGGGUGCCGAGAGGAGGGGGAGGAGCAGGGAGCAGCAGAUGGCAGCGAUGGUGGAGAAGUGGCCUACGAGCCUCAGAGGCAGUGGUCCUGCUGCGGGUGUGGUGGGGCGAGUGGGGGAGACGCAUAGGGGUGCAGGUGCCAGGGCGAGGCCUGCUUGGGGUAGUGGGGGUGGGUCGAAACCGGCUUGGGGCAGUGGCUCUGGAGCGAGGAGGUGA